AUGCUUCUGGAGCAAAACUUGACUACCGCCGCUAUGCAGAAACACUCUUUGACAUUCUGGUGGCUGGUGGAAUGCUGGGUAAGUGUUUUUAACAAGUUAAUCAGGCGCUACAAAUACUUGGAGAAAGGUUUUGAAGAUGAAGUAAAAAAGCUGUUGCUGUUCUUAAAGGGUUUCUCAGAGUCAGAGAGGAACAAGCUGGCUAUGUUGACUGGUGUUCUUCUGGCUAAUGGAACACUUAAUGCAUCCAUUCUUAAUAGCCUUUAUAAUGAGAAUUUGGUUAAAGAAGGGGUUUCAGCAGCUUUUGCUGUAAAGCUCUUUAAAUCAUGGAUAAAUGAAAAAGACAUCAAUGCAGUAGCUGCAAGUCUUCGGAAAGUCAGCAUGGAUAACAGACUGAUGGAACUUUUUCCUGCCAAUAAGCAAAGCGUUGAACAUUUCACGAAAUACUUUACUGAGGCAGGCUUGAAAGAACUUUCAGAGUAUGUUCGGAAUCAGCAGACCAUAGGAGCUCGUAAGGAGCUCCAGAAAGAACUUCAAGAACAGAUGUCACGUGGUGAUCCAUUUAAGGAUAUAAUUUUAUAUGUCAAGGAGGAGAUGAAAAAAAAUAACAUCCCAGAGCCUGUUGUUAUUGGGAUAGUGUGGUCGAGUGUGAUGAGCACUGUGGAGUGGAACAAAAAAGAGGAGCUUGUAGCAGAGCAAGCCAUUAAACACUUGAAGCAAUACAGCCCUCUACUUGCUGCCUUUACUACUCAAGGUCAGUCUGAGCUGACUCUGUUAUUGAAGAUUCAGGAGUAUUGCUAUGACAACAUUCAUUUCAUGAAAGCCUUCCAGAAAAUAGUGGUGCUUUUUUAUAAAGCUGAAGUCCUGAGUGAAGAGCCCAUUCUGAAGUGGUAUAAAGAUGCACAUGUUGCAAAGGGGAAAAGUGUCUUCCUUGAGCAAAUGAAAAAAUUUGUAGAAUGGCUCAAAAAUGCUGAAGAAGAAUCUGAGUCUGAAGCCGAAGAAGGUGACUGAAUUUUGAAACCACAUCCUCAGUAAAGCAAACAGGAGUUGUAGAUAAAAUGUCAUGUCUCAUGUGUCCUAAUUCUUACAUCUUCCUACCUCCCUAUAUCAAGCAUGAUAUAAGGGCUUUCAUGGCAAAUUUUAUUUUAACUGUUUCUAUGGUUAUUGGAAAUGUUGGGUUUCGUUUCUAAAACCAUGUUUUAAGUAGCUACAGGAGCUAUAGAUUUGAAUCUAAUGUUGCAUUAGUUUUUUCAGUUACCUUCUACCUCCUGUAUUUUCUACUGUAAUAAUGUAAUUUAAGGCCUUCCACAAUGAACAGUUCACUUUAUUCCCUGGGUUUUCUAUAUAAAUAGUUUUCAAGGUAUGAUUUGGUUAAAAAUGAUUUGUUAUAAAAAUUCUGUUUUGCAAAUUAAACUGUAAAGUAUCCAAAGUCUCAAAAGGCCAUGAUUUGUGUGAUGGUUUGGUAUGCCCAGAGCCCUGUUCAUCAAUGAAAAUCUCCUCUACAAUAAUUGAAUUCAUUAGCAUAAAUUCUGAGUAUUCGGACCAUUGCUUACAUGUUAACAUUUUCUUAUAUUUUUAAUCCCACUGUCCUUAAGUUUUAACCCCGAAUGUCCUUAAGUUCAAUUGUUUGCUCUCUGGUUUUUUAUCCUUAGUGAAGGAAAGGACAAACUGAAGCUUGAGAAAUCAUAUGUGCCAGAGGUACUGGGAAGAAGAAAGUUGAGCUUUUUCCCAUUGAGAAACUUCUGCAUUCAGUUGACUCUUACCAUAGGCAAAACAAAUGGGUAUUCUUUUCAUAUAAGCAUUUUCAAAUACACCUGAGAAAAGUCUUAUCAGUUAAAAAAAUUUUUAAUUAAAAUAUUUUAUGCUUAGUAUACACCUAGAUUGCUAUGAAAGGACUUUUAAAGGAGUAUGACUAAAGGAAAUGACUGAUGUACUAACUUCAGUAAAAAGUCAAAUGUGACUUACGUUUCCUAAUGGCUUAGAGUAUUUGUUGUAAAGAAUGAAGUGCAAUGUAACUAUGUAUUCCCACUUGGUUGUACUGGACUGCCUUCAUUCUGUUAACAUUCAGUAAUGACUCAAACAUCUGGCUACUAACUGAAUUUCCACUUUUUAAUUUCCAUGAGCCAAAUAUUAUAAAUGAUCAGUCCACUUAUUGU